UCGCUUAGAGUGGAGCGAAGGAUGGACAUAAAUGAAGAUGAGAAACCAUCCUGGAAUAGCAGAGGAACCUUGAGUGUAAGUCAGCUGUCCAGCAGAGGGCUGUCUCGUUCUGUGAGUCCAAGAGCAAGACCUUCCUCCUGUAUUCCAUGGGAGACCGGCCAUAAAUUGUCUACAAACAACCUGCUGCAGGCUCAUAUUAACCAUGAAAGGUCAGGUGAGCUCUCGCAUCCGAGGCAGAUAUCAAAUAACCGGAGGUCCAAGAGUCUAGAGCGAGGGAUGCACCUAAAGUCACUGGCUUUUGACCGGGAUCAAAGAAGAACCAUGACUAAAGGGCCUUCUAUGAAUUUUGAGGUUGAUUCGUUUUACCAUAGACUGGAAAGACCUCCAUACAGUGUGGAGGGCAGCCUGAGGAAUUCACCAGCCUUCAAUCAUAGCCAAGAACAUAUUGCCCCCGGAGCAGGUCACUUUAGAGAAAAUCAGCAGAACAGGAUGGAAGAAAGAGGCCGAGGGCACGCUGGCAUUGCUAAGGAUUUUAUGGAGAUGUCUGUGGAUGAGCUAGAGGAACAGGCUCUCACCAGAUCCAUGCUGGAUACUGAUACGACUGACCGUCACCGACCAAGUUUGUAUCAACCUGAACGUGAGGGGCAGACAGAGAUAAAUGUUGGCUACAAAACAAUUCAGAGAGGCGUCAGAAGAGACCCGAAUAGGUUGAGUUGUCGAUCGAGCAGUACCCUUCCUUCAAAGCAGAGGCAAAAACCAAGUCUCCAGAAAAGUCUUAGUGUAAGUUCCCAGCAUGUGAACCAUCACAGAAGUGUCCCAAAUCUAAACUCCAAGAGGUACAAAGAGUCAUUCCUGCCCCCGGAUGCCUGGAUUGAUUCAUUAAGCGUGGGUCAGAGACCCUCCCUGUCUCCUAUUCAAAGUAGGCCUGGGUCAAUAGCCGAGGACACCCAGGUCAUUUCUAAUCAAGAAACCGAAUCAGGGGUGCCUUCGGAAAUUCAGCUGCAAGACUCCCAGCACAGACCGACCUCCAACAUUCCCUCUCCUCCUGACCAAAACUCGUACCAGCAAAUGGUGUCUCAGCAUCCUGGUCCACCUCCUAUGCCUGUAGAAGAUUCCAGCUGGCCCUCGUAUCACUGCUACUCUCCAGAACCAGAGGGCAGUUGCAGGAGCUACGCCAGCCAGAGCAGUGGCCGAGGCAGCCUGGAUCAGCCAAUCAGAAGGCAGUCUAUGUCUUUCAGCCCCCUUCUUAUCAACUCCAUAGACAUUGCAGAUGAAAGAAGCAGAGAUGCGGCAGGCUUGCCGGAAUGCUUUAGGAGAGACUCUGUGGACGAGAACUACGAGUGGGACUCCCAGUCUGUCUCCAUGCCCUCAAAUGACCUGAAAAGUUCAGGAAAUACAGUCUGCCUGGAGGACAUUCUCAGCAAAGGGAGGCAGAGAAGCACACCUAUCGACCACAGGCUUGCCCUCAACCAUGAGAAGAAAGGUUUGUACCCCUCGGUCAGUAUGUUGCCCCACAGUUGUGAUGAGUCCAUCCUGGCACAGGAGAUUCAACACGGAUCGACAUGCUACCCAGACCCCGAGGCUGAAGGUGUGCUAUUCUGAGCAUCUGUGAGACUGGACACUCCGUUGUGGUCGCCACAUGGUCAGAUGGAUUGUAGGCUGGUUCACUGAUGAGAACGAACCACAAAAAACAACAUUUAUUUUUCUACGACUAAAAGUACAUUACGCUGGCAUGAUUUGAUCAGGGUUCGGGCUGUUUUCUUUCUAAGUGUUCGAAGAACUGAAGUGAACUUUGGUGUAACAUCGAGAAGAAUUCAAGACAGAACUCCCUGCUUUUUAAGACGCCGUUCAGACUGAAAAGCAGUAGAUUGGAUGGGAUCAAGCUGAACCUCUCUAGCUGUCGAGUUCUUCAUCACAUUCAAUGACAUUUGGAUUCAGACAAUUCCACAGCGGAAUCGAAGGGACGAACCUGUGCUCGCCACACACGAAGGCAAUAAAUUCUGGUUCGUCACGUCUCUGCGAUUAAUGGAUGGGAUCCACCUGAAGAAAGUGACUCGGUUAUGUCGGAAGGAUACUCCUCUGACCUAAAUUCACUGCUUUUUUUUCCGCUGGGAAAUCGAAGCUUGAUUGAAGUACUGUGGACGUCUGUAUUGAUCGGCGCUUACUGAAUGAGCAUUGUGAUCGGAGACCUGGUUGGAUCAGGUUUAAGGGAAACUCAUGGUGUGAAAACUUUUCUGUGUGAUGCAUUUUCUACAGGAUGAUGCCUCUGAAAUGAAGAAUUGGAAAUUCAGAUACUGUAAAUACUGUCGGAUGGACAGUCGGCAUUUUAAAUCUAAUGAAAAGGUGAUUUUAAAUCUGAUAAAAUUGUCUAAAAAUUGAUUUAAAUAAUGAAGUAAUGAAUUGAAGGCUAACCAAUCUGUUUUGUUGGCAAACUAUAUUAAAUA